UGUGUUUGACAUUCGUACAGUUGGUACGGCGCCGUGUUAGCUAACCGACCAGCGUCAGGGAUAGAGAUGUUAACCUUGUUAAACAGGAACAAAAUAUGCGCGUUUGCCUUCACGGCAGCGCGGAUGUGCAGCAGUACAGCCAACAACAACCCCACUGUGUACUUUGACAUUGCUGCGGACAACGAGCCCCUGGGGAGAAUAACUUUCGAGCUUAACGCCGAUGUUGUGCCCAAAACGGCAGAGAACUUCAGAGCCCUGUGCACAGGAGAACACGGCUUCGGUUAUAAAGGCUCAACUUUCCACAGGGUGAUUCCCCAGUUCAUGUGCCAGGGUGGAGAUUUCACUAAUCACAAUGGAACUGGAGGAAAGUCGAUCUACGGAUGGAAAUUUCCAGAUGAGAACUUUAAACUGAAGCACACCGGACCUGGAAUCCUUUCUAUGGCCAAUGCUGGACCCAACACCAAUGGAUCUCAGUUCUUCAUCUGCACCGAAAGAACAGAAUGGCUUGACGGCAGACAUGUGGUCUUUGGCAGUGUCAAGGAGGGAAUGGAGGUGGUAAAAAAAGUGGAGUCCUUUGGUUCCCGCUCUGGACGCACCUCAAAGAAGAUCACUGUUACAGACUGCGGAGAACUUCAGUAGACCAAAGCCACGAUCGGGGUCUGAACUCCUGUUGCAAUUCCAAUGUGACAUAGAAAGACUUGCAGGGAUGUUAUUUUUUAAGGGUGUGGCAGAGUUGUACCUCUGACUGUUAAUAAUACACCCAGCAGGCAUAUGGCGCUAGUCGUCUUGUUGGUACAUUAAUCCUAUGCUUUUUCAAUGGGCAAUGAUAAACAAGUGCUUACAUGUUUGUGUGUAAUACUAGUCAAUGUGAAUUUGAAUAAUAAGUAGACACUGAAUGCUCUUUUUUUUUUUCAUAAAAAGAACUGUGUAGUAAUCUGUGAUGCAGAGUUAUGCUGUAGAUUUGGGGAAGGGGAGAUGUCAUUAUAUAAAAUAAAGCCUUUUUAGAUAA